AUGAACCUCUUCCUUCGCUUCUUUCUUGUAUCCUCGAUUGUGUUGUCGGCAACUGCCUUCGACAACUCUAGAUAUGACAAUGUCGCUGUGUACUGGGGUCAAAACUCGUAUGGGGCGGCCAAUGGUGCAGAUACUGCCAAUUUCCAGAAACCGAUCUCCUUCUACUGCAACGACAACGCCAUUGACGUCUUCCCUGUGGCAUUUUUGCAUGUGUUUUUCGGUCCGGGGAACGCCCCUUCCAUCAACCUAGCGAAUACAUGCAAUCCUACGGACAACACAACCUUUCCUGGUACCACUCUUUCCGACUGCUCAGCGCUGGCUGCAGAGAUCACGGCCUGCCAGGCCAAAGGAAAGAUCCUGACGCUCAGUUUGGGAGGAGCAACCGGUGCUGUCGGCUUUCAGUCCGAUGAUCAAGCCUCAAAUUUUGCCCAAACUAUCUGGGACAUGUUCUUGGGAGGUAGUUCCUCUACGCGACCCUUUGGAAGUGCUGUAUUGGAUGGGGUCGACCUCGACAUCGAAGGCGGGGGUUCCAGCCACUAUGAUGUCUUUGUCAACAAAAUACGCUCUCUAGCCUCGGGUGCCUCUAAGAAAUAUUAUAUCACAGCUGCACCGCAAUGUGUCUUCCCGGACGCAGCUCUCGGCGGUGUUUUGAAUUCCGCCAGUUUCGACGCUGUUUAUGUUCAGUUUUAUAACAACCCCUGCGGUCUGCAAAAUUUCGGACAAGCUGCUAACUGGAAUUUUGGAAUCUGGGACGCUUGGGCACGCAAUACCAGCCCAAAUAAAAAUGUCAAAAUAUAUCUUGGAGCGCCUGCUUCCAGGAGUGCAGCAGGAUCCGGCUACGUUCCCAUUGACAGCCUAAGCGCGAUCGCGGUUCAAAUGCGAAGGAGUUUCCCGUCUUUUGGAGGUGUGAUGUUGUGGGAUGUUUCUCAGGCGUAUGCCAACAAUAGAUACGACUUGGCUAUCAAGCAGGCCUUGAGCGCCGCUGGAGGAACGGGUUUCACCUACCCUGCCUGCAAUGCCCCUUCCUUUGUUCCUGGUACGAACUAUCCUGGUGGUUCCACAGUAUCUUUUGAAGGGUAUAUCUGGCAGGCCAAAUGGUUUGCUUCAUCUCAACCUUCGAAUAAUCCCAAUGGCGAAUGGAGUGCAAUCAGUGCAUGUGGUGGACCAUCGCCAACUUCAACUUCAACGUCGACCACGAUUCCGGCGACGAGCUCCACCACUUCUCGCUCCACGACGACGACCUCAACCACGACAACUUCAACCACGACAACCUCAACCACGACAACCUCAUCAGCACCAACGACAACACCAGGCGGGAGUUGCACUGGGAUAGCCUCGUGGUCAAGUACUGUUGCGUACCUUGGCGGUGCCCAAGUGGUUUAUGCCUCUCAUCUAUGGACUGCGCGAUGGUGGUCACAGGCAGAUGUUCCUGGUGGUGUUGCCGGUGUAUGGAUAGACAAUGGGCCGUGUGGACAGUGA